UCUGCGGGUGGGGGGCAGGGGAGAAGAACUCGACUUAGGAAGAUUUCGUUUCCUGCGCCGGAGACCUGCGAGCCCCCUCCCCUCCCCUCCAAGCUCCAGGAGAAGCCGCCGCCCCGGCCUGGAGCUGGGGGAGCUGCCGGCUCCGUGUGCCUUAGGCCGAGCCCCGAGCUGCGGGCCCUGAGCGCUGCCACGCACAGCGGAACGCGGCGGCUCCUCCUCGCCCCUCCGGGACCGCGCGUGCUGCCCUGCGAGCUGGGUGCGGGGCGUCCUGCAGGCGAGCAUCCAACGCGGCUGUGCUCUCUGCUCUGCGCAGCUUCCCUGCGUGGGAAUAAAUGACUAUUUUGGGAUGGAAACCGAGGAAGAGGAGCGGUGCGCGGGGCUGCUCGGUGCUGCCCGCGGCUCCCGCCUGCCCGGCGCUGCUCCGCGUCGCCUCCCCGAGCCGUCCCCGCGCCAGGGUUGUAUAAAGGUUUUUACUGAGAAAUUAUAAAGACGCGACUCGGUUAUUUUCCUGUCCUUUUGAAAACGAGAAAUAAAAUGUUUAUAGUAUUCCCGCGCUUUUCUUCGCUUCUUCACGAGCCUGGAAUUGGGGGCGGGUGCCCUGCGGGAACGCAGGGUUCCCACGCUGCAUGGAGGGGGGCACUGGGGGGCUCGGGCCUUCCCCAAAGGGCUGGGAGGCUCCGGUGCAGCUGCUCGGCUUUUCCAUGGGCGCAGAGCUCUGAAAUGGGCCCGGGGGGGGGCAGCCCCAGCGCGGGGCCCUCCUGCAGCGCCGGGGUCGUGGUGGCAGCGGGACCGGGUCGAAUGUGACACCCGCACGCCGAGCCGGGUCACGGCGCCUUCCAUUACCCUAAUUGCGUCUCCGGGAGCCCAGCUGCCGUCCUGGGAUGAAUAAUUCACCGCCUGGAAACCAAACCUCCGCCCUUAAAACCGAUCGGGGUCUGCCGGGCACCUGCUGCGGGAGCGGCACGGGUUGGUGCCGCGGGGGCUGGGGGAGAGGAGCCCGGGCAGUGUCCCCAGCAGCGCGCUCUGACCGUGCCUGAGCCUUGGGCGGCUCAGACCCCUCGUCUCUGCAGGUCCCUUCCAAUGGAUCCGAUUUGUUCUGGUUGGUUCUCAGCAGCCAAAUAGGAGCCGCCUUACCAGCCCUGUUCUGCGCCCUCCCUGCAGGCGCUGGGGCAGGGCUGGCCCUCGCUGUGUGCUGCAGCCAGCUUUGCCCCAUCCCCACCACAGCUCCACGCUGCCCCAACCUCUACCCAAUGCCACCUGCAUCACCUGCACCCAGCACCUGCAGCGUCACCGCCUCCAGCUCCUACACCGUCUCUGUGCAUCACCUCCAGUGCCUCAUCCACCUCCAGCGCUUCCAGCACCUGCAUCACCUCCAUCCACCACCGCCAUCGCUCACGUCCACCUUCAUCAUUUCCAUCAGCCACAUCGCCUCCAUCCACCUCCACCCAUCGCUUCCAGCACCUGCAUCACCCUCAUUGCCUCCCUGCAUCUCCUCCGUCUCCUCCAUCCGCCUCCAGCACCGCCACCUCCGUGGGCUGCAGGCGACCCCUCCGUGGGCUCUGCUCUUUUGUGAUGGCACGACUGCAGCUGCCCAGCACCAAGCCCACCCGGGGGGCUCAGCAGCGGCGCACAGCGGAGGCGCAGACCCCGCAGACCGCGGCCCGUGGGCCGUCCCCUCGCCCCGUGCCCCCUGCAGACCCCUCUGGGCCGUGUGCCGCCUCGCCGCUGUCGCCGUCCCCCCCUGACGUCACCCCGCUCCGAGCUCUUAAAGGCCGCCCCGAUCCCUCCCGGCCCCGGGAGAUGCUGCGCAGCUGACGCCGGCGAUGUCCCCAGCGCCCGACCCCUGAGGGCCCCACGGCGAUGGGGAGCGCUCCGCUGCCCGCCUGGCUGCUGGCGCUCGGCCUCGCCGGCACCGUCCUGGCCCCAGGCUGUGGGGCGGCGCAGGGCCGGCUCGCACACAAGCUGCUCCACGAUCUCUUCGCCAACUACUCCAGCGCCCUGCGUCCCGCCGAGGACACGGAGCGGGCGCUCAACGUCACCCUGCAGGUCACCCUGUCCCAGAUCAUCGACAUGGACGAGCGGAACCAGGUGCUCACCUCCUACCUGUGGGUCCGCCAGGCCUGGCUGGACGCCCACCUGGCCUGGGACAAGGAUGCCUACGGUGGCAUCGACAGCAUCCGCAUCCCCAGCAGCUAUGUCUGGAGGCCGGACAUCGUCCUCUACAACAACGCCGACGAGCGUUUCGGUGGCUCCAUGGACACCAACGUGGUGCUGCGCUCCGACGGACACAUCAUGUGGGACACGCCCGCCAUCACCAAGAGCUCCUGCAAGGUGGACGUCUCCUACUUCCCCUUUGACGGGCAGCAGUGCCACCUCACCUUCGGCUCCUGGACCUACAACGGGAACCAGAUCGACCUCCACAACCUCCUGGACACGGGCGACCUGACCGACUUCGUGGAGAACGUGGAGUGGGAGGUGCUGGGCAUGCCGGCCACGCGCAACGUGGUCACCUACGGCUGCUGCUCGGAGCCCUACCCCGACGUCACCUACACGCUGCUGCUCCGCCGCCGCGCCUCCUUCUACAUCUUCAACCUGCUGCUGCCCUGCGUCAUGAUCUCCUUCCUGGCUCCGCUGGGCUUCUACCUGCCCGCCGACUCCGGGGAGAAGGUGUCGCUGGGGGUGACGGUGCUGCUGGCGCUCACCGUGUUCCAGCUGCUGGUGGCGGAGAGCAUGCCGCCCUCGGAGAGCGUGCCGCUCAUCGGGAAGUACUACAUCGCCACCAUGACCAUGAUCACCGCCUCCACCGCGCUGACCAUCUUCAUCAUGAACAUCCACCACUGCGGGCCGGGUGCCCGCCCGGUGCCGCCCUGGGCGCGUCGCCUCAUCCUGCACCACCUGGCGCGCGCCCUCUGCGUCUGCGAGGUGGGCGAGAGCUGCGGCCGCCCCCGGAGAGAGGGCACGGGAGGGACGGGGCCGCGGGACCCCCCCGGGGAGGGCACAGAGCCGGGGCCGUGUCCCCGCAGCCGUUGCCUCUGCCACCACCACGUGGUGCUCAGCAGCGUAGGGUACAUCGCCGGCGUCUUCCGACGGCACCGCACCGCCCAGCGCCGCGCCGCGGAGUGGAAGAAGGUGGCCAAGGUGAUGGACCGCUUCUUCAUGUGGAUCUUCUUCCUCAUGGUCUUCCUCAUGAGCGUGCUGGUCAUCGGCCAAGCCGCCUGACGCCCACCCCGUGCCCUGUGCCCCCGCACAGCCCGUCCCCGCAGGAGGGCAGCGCUGCGGUGCCAACGGGUUUGUGUCCUGCACGGCGCUGCGGGCCGAGGAGCACGGUGCCCAGUGCCCCGA